GCCGAUACUGCGGCCAAACGCUCUCCUCGUCAGCAGUUCGAAAUCUAGAGCGUACGGCGGGUACACGGCAAGAACAGAUAGACAGUAGAACCCCAAGAUUGUAGACCACGAUUCCAUCCGGUCCGUGAUGCCAUUGGCAGGAGUCAACAACAUUAAAGGCGCAUGGCGACGUUCUUUGAGGCUCCCCGGAAAUUCAGCUUCCACCUUCCUGAAAACGAGCACAAUGCCGCACGACUUUGGAGACGCCUCUGCACCGGUCACUAUCGCUGUUAUCGGCUGCGGCAACCGUGGCCGAACUUACGCCAGUUAUGCCAUCGCUGAACCGACCCAAUGCAAGGUCGUCGCCAUUGCAGAGCCUCGGCCGAUGACUCGGAAGCUCAUGGCAGAAGCACACUUUGUGGACAAGACGCUUGUCUUUGAGGAUUACAGGGACCUUCUCAAGGCCUCCGCGGAGACUAUCCAAACGGUCGGGAAGCGACUCGCCGACGCUGUCCUCGUGACGGUGCAGGACAGUAUGCAUGAGGAAGUGACGCUUGCUUUUGCGGAGCAAGGGUACCACAUCCUGUGCGAGAAGCCCAUGUCGACGACCCUCGAGGCCUGCUUCAGAAUGGAAGCCGCCGUGAAGAAGGCUGGGAUUAUCUUCGGGAUGGGUCACGUUCUUCGCUAUUCGCCAUACAACAAGGCAUUGACAGAGGUGGUGCGCUCGGGAGCUUUGGGUCAGCUCAUCAACGUCGUGCACAUCGAGCCAGUCGGCUGGUGGCAUUUUGCACAUUCAUACGUGCGUGGCAACUGGGCCCGCGAGAAGGACAGCGCAUUCUCGCUGAUGACGAAGAGCUGCCACGACUUGGACAUCCUGUGCCACUGGCUUUUCCCCGGCACCGUAUCCCGAGUAUCGUCGUUCGGCUCCUUGCAGCACUUCCGCAAGGACCAGAAGCCCAAGGAGGCAGGCGAUGCAACGCGGUGCCUCGAUUGUCCGUACGAACAGGACUGCGCAUACAGCGCGAAGAAAGUAUAUCUCGAUCCCGCAACACUGCGUCAAGACGGCUGGCCUUCCUCAGUCCUCGUUGACGGCAUCCCCGACAUUGAGAACGUCACCGCCGCAUUGCAGACCGGGCCGUAUGGACGGUGUGUAUACGAGUGUGACAACGACGUCUGCGACAACCAGGUCGUGAACAUCGAGUUCUCCACGGGGGCGACGGCCUCGUUCACGAUGAUCGCGCACACCAAGCUCCAAUGCGAUCGCCAGACACGCAUCCACUUCGCGUUUGGGGAGAUCGUCGGCGACAUGAGCUCGUUCACCGUCACCGACUUCCGCACACGCAAGUCGACGCACCACACGCCCAAGAGCGAGGGCGGCCAUCACGGUGGUGGCGACCUCGGCCUGAUCCGCACGUUCGUCGAGGCCGUCCGGACCAAAGACCAGUCCCUGCUCGGGACGGACGCGACCGACGCCUUGAGGAGUCACAUUGCGGUGUUCGCUUCGGAGAAAGCGCGGUUGGAGGGCACAGUCGUCGAUGUCGUGCAGUUUGAGAAGGAGAUGAGGGAGAAGUAUGGUGUGGAGGAGGCGUGAGGGAUAUCAUACCACUUGUCCUCAGUAAUCGGGAUAUCCCGUCGGUUCCAUGCCUGGAUCCGAUGGUUUGAAUUGUAUCAAGAGACAACGAUUCUUGUAUCACAUACUUGAAUUGCUACCUCAAACGCUACAAAUACUAAGGUAUACGCAUAACUAGAUAUACAUAAAUCAACAGAGGAGUGGGAACGUCCAGGCUAAACAUGAUCGAGAGCGUCGACAUUGUCAAAGGUUCGUGCAUCAGCGAGGAGGAAAACAACGGGUACAAUGCACCGCAAGACGAGCACAAGAUACAAUAAUGAGAAUGGAGCAAGGAUUAAGAUGUGUGAAAAAGCACAAAGCAAUGUGAAGGCGCUCAGUCCAUAGACUCGAGCUCUCUGCGGAUACGCUCCCGCACCUCGCGCAAGCCUCCACCCUGAGGCUUCACCUGCCUCGGGCUGCGCGUAAGCAUCGCGAUGGCGCUCUCGUCCUUCGUCUUCAACUUCGACGGACUACUAGGCACCGAGCCCGGCGCCCAAACGCCCGAGCUGCCCUUUCGUGGGCUCGCCAAAACCUUUCGCGGACUCUCCAGAACGUCCGCACUCGAUUCAGGACCUUCAGCGUCGCUCUCAGAUUCAGACGCGGCGGGCAUCUCAAGCCACUCCUCCCCAGAUAAGUUCAGCCGUUUCAGGAAGAACGGGCACAGCUUCACGAGCAUCGCGAGCGACUCCUGCGCCUCCGCGACGGACAGCGGGACCGGGGAGGACUUGAUGACGGCCGCGGUGACCUCGGACUCAGGCAUGGCGCGGCGCUUUCGCGUGCCCGGCGCCGUUGCUGCGGCUCCGACGGGGUUUGAGAAGUACAUCCAGACGCUUUCCGCGACGCCGGACAGCCGGCCGAGUAGGCAGCGCCGGCGUAUCUCUUCCUGGCCCAGCCUGAAAAGGACGUCCUUCGACAUGGGCGCGCCCGUGGGAUUGGCCUUCGUCGGAGUAUUCUGGAGCGAGCGCUGUCGGACGCGCUCGUACAACGCUUGACGGCGUGAGCUUGUUGGAGUCUGGGGGACGGUACUGGCAUCUGGGCCGCGCUGGUGCACUGGGGUGGAGGGCACCGAAUCAUCGGAGUCGGUUGCAGUCGAACGUCCGG